AAUGCAAAGAAGCUAAAACGAUGAUGAUAAACCUUUAAUUCCAUUACCUUAAGCAACAGAAUAGAAAAGACAAGAGAAAUUAGCAUACGAAAAGCAGAUGGCAAGAGUAACCUUAUUGAAAUAGACACAACAGAAAAACUUGCAUCUAGUAUUAUGUAACUUUAAGUAGACAGGCUAAAUUGUAUGAAAUGGCUGCAGAUAAAAUUGAAAAUGGAUAAUCAGUUAAGAAACAAUUAAGAGAUCUGGCUGAAGAAGCACGAUAAUUAAAGGCAGAUGACAUGAAAAAAAGAAAACACCAAAUCAAAUAGAUUAAGAAACAUGAAGAAGAAUUUAUUUUAAAGAGAGCCGCUUAAUAGAAGAUUGGGUAUGCGUGGUGAGUGUAAUUAGCGAUUCCAUGAAGUAAUCCUCAGUAAAGGAGUACAAGAGUGCCAUAAAAUUGACUUUAUCAAGAACAAGAGAUUGUAUACUUCAAGACAAUUAAAAGAUUCGAGAGACCCUCUAUCAAGAAGAAAAGAAAAGGAAAGAGAAGAAGGAAGAAGCUAAAAAAUUAGAUGAAAUGAAAUCAUAACAAUUUUAUAAGGAAAGAGUUUCUUAUGAAAAAAUGAUUGAAGAAAAAUUGAAGAAAUCUAGAGAAAAGCUCUUUUAAGAUGAAUAAAUCUUAUAAAGUCGCUUAUAAGUAAGAAAUACUUGAUAAUAACAUUUAGGAAACAUAAAAUUUGCUUAGUAAAUCUUAAAAAAAAUUUAUGGAACUCUAAUCCCAAAGUGUACACAGCAAAAGAUGAGU